GUGAAGCACAUCUUCACAUGUCAUCUUGAACACCAAGCGGACAGUCAUCCGUUGCCGAGAAAGAUCAGCUGAGCCAUGGCUGGAUCGGAUGCAAGUGGAUCUGAUGCCCGUGCUGGAUGGUUUGCUGUGCUGGCUAUGUGGACCAGAGCUUUCAUCUGGUCUGCAGUCAUCAAAGUCAUCAGCAUGACGCUUCCCUUGUUACAAGACCAGUUUGAUACCACCACGUGGAUCUUGGGCUGGGUAACGUCCUUCAUAGGCACUGCCACUGGAUUAUUUGACCAACCCGUCUCCACCAACAAACUAAUCUCCUCCUCUACAACAAUUACCUCGAGGCUGAUGGGUAGAUGGUUCCGUCCCGGCUACGUCAUCAUGACGUGUGGUGCAAUGAUUGGUGGUUCGGUCAUCAUGGCGUCGUUUGCCAACUCGCCUGCUCACCUAGCUUGUGUAUUCAUUCUACUCCUGGGUACGGGAUUCGGGAUUUCCAGUGUGCUUAUAAAAGAGGCCAUCGCCCGCUGCUUCGCCACGAACUACGCCACGGCCACUGGCAUUGCACGCACAGGUGAUUCCAUCGGGCUGUUUGUGUGUGCACCGAUUAUCCAGGUAUUCAUCGAUACGUAUGGAUGGAGAGGAGCCAUGCUACUGGUGGGUGCCAUCUCUAUGCAUCUUGUGGUGUGUGGCGCCCUCAUGAUGCGAGCAGGAGCACCUUCAGCAAGCAGAUACCAAAAGCUUUCAGCAAACGAUGGAAUAUCAGAACAUCCAAGUCAACUUCCCUCUCGCUGUACCUCAUUUUAUAAGAACCUGUUGGAGAUCUUCGAUAUUCGACUUCUCUCUGAUUUCCGUUACUGGUCGGUGGCCAUCAUAGCCUGCUGCUCAAAGUUUGCUUUCCACAUGUGGCUCAUUUACUUCGUUUCACAAGCGAAGUCAAAUGGCUUUUCCUUACAGGAGGCGGCAACAUUUGUAACAGUUGGCGGCGUUGGAGGUUUAAUAGCAAAACUGGUUCAGGGAUUCUUUCUUGACCGAGGGGUGAUGUCAAGUUUUCAUCUGACGGCCAUCGCUGUCGCGAUUUGUUCGGCGUCAUACUGCGCAACUCCCUGGCUGACGUCAUAUUGGCCAAUGAUGACGUCAUCACUCCUGAUCGUGACAAGCUCUGGCGCCCUCUGCUGUCUUCAGGACGUUCUCAGUAAGCAGGUACUCGGUGUGGAUUUACUGGUCGGAGCGUUUGGUUGGACAGCUUUUGCAGGGGCCAUCUUGCAGUUCUCUCUGGGCUAUUUACCUGGUUGGCUGUUCGACACCACAGGCAGUUACACCACAGCGUUUGUUUUCAUAGGCUCCAUGCAAUUCCUUCCGAUGUUUCCUCUUCUCAUUCUCAGGUAUUAUCGAUGCUUAGAAAGAGAUGCACGGGGCGAACUUAAAUAGACCCCUGGUAAAUAGGGUCCGAUUAAGAACAAACACACAUGUAUGUGCUCGACCGGCUUUAAAGGGAAAAUACAACAUUUGC